AUGGACUUACUGUAUAUGAACGUGAUACAGAAUCUAACAUUGCUGCCGGGCAGCUAUGUCAGUCAAUGUAUUGAUCAGCUUAAUGCCUUGUAUAAAUUAGAGUUGAAUGUCUACGUUGCGUUUGGCAACAAGACUCUUUUCGAAAGUCUAAUACCGGCUAGAGAAUCUGAGCUACCAACAGUCCGCGUAACCAAUACGACGCUGCAGCUCGUAAUGAGUGGCAAUUAUAGUGAGCGUGCUUUGACCGUCAUCUAUUUGGAGGAUGUGCAUACCAGCAGCAUGGUUGAUUACCUCACCACAUGGUUAUGGCGAGCACAGCAGCUGCACGUGUUGAUCAUAUAUCCUGAAGCAACGACGGCUAAAUUGUUUCAGCUCUUUACGCAUUGUUGGCGUCAGGGCAUGGUUCACAUUUUGGUUGUGUUGCCGUUUACACAGAAACUGUUUAGUUAUAUGCCGUAUCCGGAAGUGCGACUGUUAAAAAUGGAGAAUACGUUGCAGUAUUUUCAUCGAACUCGCGACUUGCUCUGGGACUUUCAUGGCUAUAAUAUAACUUGUGGCAUCCUGAUAAGUGCACCGCCGACAGCCUUUGUAUUCAAAAAUCAUCGGGAUCGGAAUAUAUACGCUGGCUAUAUGCUGCGCAUGGUUUUGGAUUUUAUCCAUCACUUCAAGGGCAGUAUUCGAACUCGCAGAGUGGACACCUUGAGUGAAGCUAACCAAGUGCUGAGCACUCGGGACGUCGACUUCUUACCCUAUCUGUUGGCAAAGACACCGAAUUUUACGAACAGCGUUGUUCUCUGGCUUGAGAAUAGAUUUCUGAUGGCUCCAUCGGCCAGACUCCUGCCAAGAUAUUUGUAUCUGGUGAAACCCUACACUUCUUACACCUGGUUAGUUUUACUGGCCAUGUUGAUGUACUGCAGCGGAGCACUGUUUCUGCUCUCUCGGGGACGUCUAAAUUUAAGUGGAGCCUUUCUGCAAAUUUUUCGUCUAUCGCUUUUUCUGCCGCCAGGUAGAGAUUUGGUUGCCCUGCCGGGCCCGCGUCGUCUUUUCCUCUAUAUUAUGAUGACCAUUGCUGGAUUAAUGCUGACUAAUCUUUACCUGGCGGUGCUUUCCAGCAAUUUGGCUGCGGGUAUCUAUGACAAGCAGCUGAACAAUUUCGAUGACUUGGAGGGCACUGAUUACCAGUUGCCGGAAGAGGAGAUCACGUUGAAGUUCUUACUCCAGCUGCCAGACAUACAUCCGCAGUUGGCCAAGCGGCUGGUGCUCACACCGGAACAUCUGGUGGAACGUUAUCGACAUGAGCUCAAUACCAGCAUGGUGUACAGCGCCUUGGAGGAUAAAAUCGACUUUACAUUUUAUCAGCAAAAGUUUCUGCGUGUUCCCUUGUUUCGCAAGCUACCGAAGAUCAUCUACCAGCAACCCUUCUUCAUGCCUGCCGCUUAUGGUCGCCCUUAUCUGAAGAUCUUCAAUUGGUAUGUGCGACGUAUGUUUGAGGCCGGCAUUCUGCUUAAGAUGAAAAACGAUGGAUUUGGCCAUGGAAUACAGAGCGGACGUUUGCAUUUCAUUAACCGCGCCACACUACAGGAGGUGAAUUCCAAUGAUCUCGAGUACUAUUAUGUGGCAGCUGUAGUUUGGUUAGGUGGCAUGCUGCUAGCUACUGCAUGUUUUGGCUACGAGUGCUGCAUGGGCUCAAGGAUGGCCCGACAGAAUAGAGAAUGA